CUAAUUUCUAAUUACUUUCUUUUCUCUUUCUUUUCUCUUUUAUUCUUUAUCAUGGCUCCUUCAGCAACAAGUGGUGUAGGUGUAGCCCAUCUUCCUAAUCAACGACACAAGAUUGUAUCUAAACGUGGUGCCAAUUUCACCUUGAUGGUGUGUGGUGAAUCGGGUGUCGGUAAAACUACUUUUGUCAAUACUCUCUUUACAACAGGCAUCAAAGGACAAAAAGACUUGAACAAGCGUCAUGCUAAACAAAUUGAAAAAACAGUCGAGAUUGAGAUCACAAAAGCAGAACUAGAAGAAAAGAAUUUCAAGGUCAAGUUGACAAUCAUUGAUACUCCCGGAUUUGGUGAUUAUGUCAAUAAUUAUAACAGUUGGAUGCCUAUUUAUGAAUUCCUUGAUGACCAACAUGAAAGUUACAUGUUACAAGAACAACAACCUACUCGAAAAGGAGCUAUUGAUAUGCGUGUUCAUGCUUGUCUUUAUUUUAUUCGACCUUCUGGUCAUUCAUUAAAACCUCUUGAUAUUGAAGUCAUGAAACAUCUUGGUUCAAGAGUCAACUUGAUUCCCGUCAUUGCCAAGGCAGAUACCCUUACUCCUCGUGACUUAGCUCAAUACAAGCAAAAUAUUCUUGACUCCAUUGCAGCCAAUCAUAUCCAAGUCUAUUCUUGUCCUAUUGACAGUGAAGAUGAAGAAGUAACAGAAGUCAACAAGAGUAUUAUGGCUGCUAUGCCCUUCGCCAUUAUUGGUUCAACACAAGAUGUGACCACAUCUGAUGGUCGUGUCGUCAAAGGUAGAGAAUACUCAUGGGGUGUAGCUGAGGUUGAGAACGAAGACCAUUGUGACUUUAAAAAGCUUAGAAAGUUGUUGAUCCGGUCACACAUGCACGACUUGAUUUCAACAACAGAAGAACUUCAUUACGAGAAUUAUCGUCAGGCACAAAUGGGUACUCGUAAAUUUGGUGAACCUAAGGCUAAGAAAUACGAGAACCCCAAAUUUAAAGACGAUGAAGAUGAUCUUCGAUUGAAUUUCACGAAACAAGUCAAAGAAGAAGAAAAUCGCUUUCGUCAAUGGGAAGCUCAGUUGGUGGCUGAACGUGAUCGUCUCAACAAGGAUCUUGAAGAACAACAUGCUCAAAUUAAGGCAUUGGAAGCUGAACUUGAACAUAUGUAUCAAUUGCAUGGUCGUGGUACUGUUCGAAGAUAAUAAACAGUAGUCUCUGAAUAGAAGCGGUUUCUUAAAAAGAGAUUUGUACCACUUUGGGAGUGAUAGUUAAAAAGACGAAUUACCUAAAAUGAGAUCGAAUUUCUU